AUGUGCUCCCGCCAGGACAGAGAGCAGAGCCCCCAGCAGGAGCUGGCCUCAUGCCACUGCACCAACAGCUGCUGUGGCAACACAGGCUCAGCUGGAUGCCAUGGCAGCAGAGGUGGGUCUGGAUGCCACAGGGGAAGUGCUGGAUCUGGAUGCCAUGGCAGCAGUGGUGAAUCUCGAUGCCACAGGGGAAUUGCUGGAUCUGGAUGCCAUGGCAGCAGUGCGGGAUGCUGCCAUGGACGUGCAGAGGAUUGCCAGCAGCAGAUCUGCCAAGUGUCCUCAAGGAUGAAGUGA